AUGGGAGGAAAACCACGCAAUUUCGGGGCCAAGGAACAUCGUCCUUCACCCUUGCAACGAGAAGUCUCACAAAGACCCAUCUCCAUGCAAUCGCAGAGCAUAGGUUUAGUAAGAGAUCCGAUGUUUUGGAAGAGAUUCUCGACGGCGGUUCAUAUGUCGGAAGUGGAUUUGAAGGAGUUGGAGAGUGGGUUUGCUAGCGAGAGGGUGCAGAUGAGAAAAGAUUCUAAUGGGUAG